UUUUAAAACGCGCUAAUUCAUGAAAUUGAAUAGUUCCACCCCUCCUGGGAGUGCCGGACAAGCCCUGGGAGGUGCGUCUCUCUAUUCUUGAGAACUGGUCUAACAAUAGAUUUAAAAACCACGGGUCUGUGUGUCUGUGAACUCAGUUGGGGACUCAUGGUCAACUCGACAUGCAGGAGAUGAAAUGCAUCGUUGUUGGCGACGGAUACGUGGGUAAGACAUGCCUGCUCGCCACCUACACGACUAACGUCUACUCGCAACAGAACUUCCUCCCCUUGUUUAACAGCUUCUUGGCCAACGUAACGGUGAAUGGCGACCCGUUGAACCUACAGCUGAUUGACACACCGGGAAUAGAGGAGUAUGAUCGCCUGCGUUCUAUCUGCUACACGAACGCCGACGUGGUUCAGAUCUGUUUCUCUCUAGACAACCAGUUUUCAUUUGACAGCAUCCCUGGCAAGUGGUACCCAGAGGUGCGCCACCACUGCCCCACGGCUCCCAUCAUCCUGGUUGGCACUAAACUCGACCUCCGGGACAACAAGGACGCUGUGGAGAAGCUCGGGCAGCAGAAGCUUCCACUCAUCACCUACAAGCAGGGCCUGGCCUUAGCGAAGAAGAUUGGGGCGGUCAAGUACGUGGAGUGCUCGGCGCUCACCCAGUAUGGCCUCAAGACCGUGUUUGACGAGACCAUCAAUGCAGUGCUGUGUCCCCCACCCGCCAAGAAGCGCAAGAAGAAGUGCCAGCUCCUGUAGAUCGCGGCUUAACUCUCCACACUAACGACGCGCACUACGAGUGGAAGGGAGCGGACGAGCACCACUUGCGUCCAGAGGUUACCGCGAGCGUCAAGUGGUAACAUUGUUUUUGGGUUGCGUUCCGGUUGGCUUCAUUGUUGGGCUACAUGUAGAGGCUGUGACACUGCAGGUGAUGCUGACAAACACUAUUAAAACAAAAAUUUGCGUUCUGCGCGAUAUUGUUUGCAAGAUAUU